AUGGGCAUGCUCGAGGGGCUGUACCACCGCGAGUACGUCGAGGGGGCCGAUGACGACUACCAGACGUCAACACUGACGUCACCCGACUGCAACCUCAACCGCUUCGGACAGGCAUCAGACGAUGGCGGGGACGCGUUCGCUCUUGGCGGCACCUCAUCCAGUGUCGACAAUAGGCGCUUACACAAGCUCGACUCGGUUCGCACAAAAGCGUUCUUAACGUCGAGUCCGGUAGCUUGUUUGCAGAUGAAUAGGCCCAAACAACUGCGGCGCAACAGGGGGGGAACGGAACGGGGCGCGUGGCAGCGAAAAAAGCCCGGUGCAAGAUUCACCAGGAAGUGGCUUCAGCACGGGCGAGAAGAACGGAACAGAGGGGCUGGGCGACUCAACGGCGCGCCGCUGAUCUAG